AUGCAGUACCUCCGCUCCGGUCUCGAUCAACUUCGUGACCGUUACGCCCCUAUCCGGCACACUUCUACAUUUCGCAGUACGGGCCAAAUCACGCCCGAAGAAUUCCUCCUGGCGGGAGAUUACCUCGUCUACAAAUUCCCCUCCUGGUCCUGGUCGGACGCCUCCAGUCCUGCACGGCGGGUGAGCUAUCUGCCCGCCAACAAGCAAUUCCUCGUCACAAGAGGUGUCCCGUGUCACAGACGGUUGGAUGAGAACUUUGCUGGUGGACACGGCGCCGCAGAUGAUCUUGUUAGAGAUGGGUUUCUCGGCGGACCCGACGAAGAGACCGGUGGUGGUCAAGACGAUGGCUGGUUGAGGACCGGGGGAACUACGGAAAAAGAACAAGAAGGGUUGAGGGCGGAAGUGAGGACGAUGAGCGAGAGCGGACAACUCGGCCAAAAGGCCACCGAGGAAGACGAGGACGAGGAAAUCCCGGACAUGGAGGAUGAGGACGAUGACAAUGAGGCUAUCAUAAGAGAUAAGGGUGACGGGACAUCUGUACCUCUUCGAACAUAUACCCUCUACAUCACCUAUACGCCCUACUACCGGACCCCACGUAUGUACCUCUCCGGGUACCUCUCCCCCAGCGAGCCUCUCCCACCACACCUCAUGAUGGAAGACAUCGUCGGCGAUUACAAAGACAAAACAGUCACGCUGGAGGACUUCCCGUUCUUCGACAACAGCGUGAAGAUGGCGAGCAUUCAUCCUUGCAAGCAUGCCAGCGUGAUGAAAAUCCUCCUUGACCGUGCGGACGUGGCCUUGAAGCUUCGACUGGAAAAACAGAAAGCCACCGGCGCCGCCGCCAAUGUCUCGGGAAUGGAGGGUUUGAUUGAUGAUACUGCAAAUCUCAAAAUCUCUGAGCAGAAGCGCGGUCACGAAGCAGGUGUAAAGGCAGCCAAUGGCGGUGCCGGAGACGAAUGGGAGGUGUUGGACGAGCAAGACAGUAAGGAAGAGGAGAGCGAGAAGGUGGCAAUCCGGGUGGACCAGUAUUUGGUCGUGUUUUUGAAGUUCAUGGCGAGCGUGACGCCAGGAAUCGAACAUGAUUUUACCAUGGGUGUUUGA